UUGGGAUGUAAAGAGUAUUUAUACAAGUUAAAUUAUAUGAAUCUGCUUCUUUGAGUAUGAUAUCAAAGCUUUUAGAGAUGGAUAAUAGCCUAAAUGAUGAAUUUUGAUUCCAAGAGUUUCAACUGCCUAUUGGUAGAUUACAAAUAACCAAUUAUAAUCAUCCUAGUUUUAUUUACGUUAGUAACCCCAAAUCAUUUGCCAAACAAAUAACUUCUAUUUUCAUCCAUGUUCAAAGCCCCAAACCUAAAACUGCACACGAAUAUAAUAAUCAUUAUAAACAUUAGUUCCUAUGAUCAUGAUCAAAUGCAUCCCACCCUCUUCUAUAAAAUCUCUUAAUCACAAAUGGAACAAAUAUCUAAUAUUUUGGAACACGUAUGUACUAUUUUCACUGUAAAUACUCCUGGUUGUCAUUGCUUCCUUAAAAUUUUUUUGAAUGCGAAAGGAAUUAAGCGCGACUCACUUAGUGCAUAUUUGACUUCUAAAAGGGAAAUAAUAAUAAAUGCAAAAACCGAAACAAGCAAAACAGAUGAAAUCAUUUGUCGUGAAGUUCAAAAUAAGCUUACUGUGCCUCAGAAUGUGAUGGCUGAAAACUCUAAAAUCAUGUUAUUACGAAAUGGUCUCCUUUUAAUUGAUAUUCCAUAUAUGUCUUUUGAUUCAAGUAAACCAAAACAAAGUAAAGAAUGUGAUGGUAUAACAUUACAGGAAUGCAAAAGUUCUAUUCCGAACGAGCCUGAUAUGGAACUGGAUAAUGGUGAAAAAUUACCAACACAACAUCUUGAUCGACAUAAAACUAUACGCGAAGGGAAUAAACUCAUUUUAGUGAUCCCCUUAGAUAAAAAUUUCAAGGAAGAGAAUAUAAAGGUCACUGUUGUACAACGUUCAGUAUGCAUAACAAUUACUAACCUUGAUUAUUCAAUAGUGAAACAUAACUCUAAUAAAUCUGAUUCCAAACAUCUUGUCCAAAGAACAUAUUAUAAAGAAUAUGAGGCUUCUGAUUGUAUUCCUGAUCCUGAAUCAAUUAAUUUUUAUGUUGAUAAUAAUCGUCUUAUUGUUAAUUUAAACAUAACCAAAACGUCACAACAAUCUCAGAUAAUAUGAAAAGUCCUCUUAUACAGAACCUCAUUUUAUAAAUAGUAACAGUGGGAAAGUGUUUGAUUAUUUUGAAUUUUAUUUUUUCAACAUGGACUGUAAUUUAUCAUACUACUCUGUUACAAAACAAAAUGUAAUGACAGACACGAAUCAUUUGCAAACAUAAUACAACAUUCAUUUAAAUGUUGUUCUGUAUAGGAACAAUUGGAUGAAUAUGCUGUGCUUACAUAUACACACAUUCAUAUCUUUAGUACAAUUUUGUUUUUGGUGGGUAACGUUUUCUUCCUGUGAAAAAUGCACAUUGGAAUCACAUGAAUGAAACUUGUUUUGAACUUGUAUUCAUAACAUAGACUUCUUUUAUGUUUAAUUCAAUAAACAAGCUAUUUCCCAUAUGUCGUAUAUAAAUCUAGCUAAACAUAAUCUCAUAUGUAGUGACCUACUUUUAUCAAGAUAACGCGAUUGGUGUAAU